CAUUGACUGGUACUAAAAGCGUCUAGGCCAAGUUUUUACUUGGCAACUCUGUUAUUUUCCUUCAAAAUACUUGGGCCUGUGCUGCAAUUGCAUAUUUUAGAAAAGUUAAAAAUUAAAAAAUUCUUGGAUAACACCGCUACUACAAAAGUUCAAUAUGAGCUACGAUUUCUUGGCUGGCUAUCAUAUUCCUACAAUUCAGCAUGGUGUAGUGGCCCCAAUGUCGGCAAUUCCAUCUCACGAUGGAACGCACCAGCAGAAUCAGCAACAAGCUGUGGAUAUUUAUAAUCAAUAUCAAAAUAUUAAUCGAUAUAUUCCCCCAGGUUUGCAAGGAACUAAUUACGUGCCACCCUUGCCGUCAAAGCCUCAGAAGCGUAAAUACGAUUCAGGUCCGGGUAGAUCAAAGCAGGACCCCCUGGCAGAAACUACAUUAGAUGGUAAACUUGUAAUAUUUCACGGUCGAGAUACUAGUUAUCCAGAUGAGUUGAAUAAGUUGAUACAUCCACUGCAUUGUUCUCUAUGUGAUGUGCAAAUGAAUUCCUCAAAAAGUGCUAAGGAUCAUUAUGAAUCCAAACAGCAUGAUCGUCAUAUAACAACUUGGCUAAAUAAGAAUUUUGUAGAGAAGGGGCAAACAGCACCCAUAGUUAAGAGGUUCAUUAAGGAUGGCCCAACCGGAACAGAUAUUUAUCAUUGCGAAAUAUGCGACUUGAAAUUUGGAUCAUUGGCACAUGCCAGUCAGCAUUACUCAGGCCGUAAGCAUAAACUUGUCGCCAGCAAAGUCUCCCAACCUUCUGGAGCUGGCUUUUACAAUACCGAAAAUAAAUGGGUUCGUACGGGAACCAAAUAUGUGCCCAAAAUCGAUAAUGAUGGACGCUUUGGUAUUGGGAGUUUGUUCAAGGCUUACCCUGACGCGUCUGAUGAAGGAGCUGCACCUGAUACGACUACACCCACAGAUACUAUUGCCAAAACUGCUAUUAGUCCAGAUGGCCAUGUUAAGCUUAUUGCUGCUGGGCCAACUUCUAAAAAAGUUGUGGCAACAUCGUCAUAUUGUGAGAUAUGUAAGGUACAUGCAACUUCUGAGGGGCAGAUGACAAUGCAUUUGGAAGGCGUAAAGCACAAGAAAAAACUAAAAUCUCUAAGUUUGGAAGAAUCUAUUGCACAGGCAAAACCUGUUUCAAUUACGCCAGUUGCAACCAAUUCCUCUGAUACGAUAUUAGAAAGCCUAAAGCAAAGCAAUCCAACCGCUGAUUUGUCUAUGUACCGGACUCCAAGUGGCUCUUAUUACUGUGAGUGUUGUAAUAUAUCCAUGUGUCAUGUCGCUGGUUUACAACAACAUCUGAUCGGCAAGAAGCAUUUAAAAAAAGUAAACGAAGUUAAAGAGAAGGCAAAGAACGAAGCAGCAAAAAUUAAGAACGAAGCUAAGGUAUAAGCUGAGAAAAGGAAUCAAUUGAAUAUACAAUAAAUGGAUAUUCUCUUAGCGAUAUUUCGCAUUAUAUAACUAUAUACAUAAGCGCUUUGAACGUUGUGCAUUCUAAUUUCGAAUACGCGUUCAUAAACUAUAGCAAAAAAUGAUGUAAAGGAUCUUUUUAGGCAUGUUGGUAUAGUAUCAAUUGAAUGUACUAUGAUGAAAUUUAUAAUGUCAACUAAUGUAUCGCCGGCACAUAUUGUAACAAUACUAAGUACAUACAUUAGAAUGGAAACAUAUAUGUCUAUCCCUAAAUAUACAUCCAUACUUAUGUAUCUAUUUACAUAUAUACCCAAGUAUACAUAUAUAUGAAAUAAUAAAUACUUGAAAC